AACACAGGACGGGGCCUAUUGCCAAGUGUUUUGAAUUGCAUUCAUAAAAGUUUCACCGCGCAGGGAGAGAGUUGAGUUUUAUUGGCAGUCUAACAACACAUACCACAUCCCUGUGUUCUAGCAACGCCGUUGUUUUUGACAUUGUCUACGGUUGGAGCUCUCUCCGUGAAAUCACCUGCUAUCUACAACAGGCAGCUGCCCAUCAAGAUCUGGGGGAAUAAAAUCAAUAUCCUUUACCGGUUGCUGAAUUGCCUACGUAUAAGAAUAUCUAAUAGAGAAUUGUAGUAAAAAUCCAAAGGGAAAAACACCGCGUAUAUAUCACCGUAAUAACGAUUACUUUUUAACACGGCUAAGCGCGCAACUGCAGCUCCCAGCUCAGCGUCACUGAAUCUUUCUAUGAAACUAUGGAUACAGACACGGAAAAAAUUAUUAUAAAUGUUGGUGGGAAACGCCAUGAGACGUACGCCAGCACACUUCAAACCAUUCCCGACACGAGACUUUCAUGGUUAGCAGGCAGUUACCUCAACAGAGAUACUAAACAAGAAUUUUUCUUCGACCGAAAUCCAAAAAUCUUUGGCAUCAUUUUAAACUACUACCGUACUGGCCAUCUCCACGCGCCGAGAGAUUUCUGCGGUCCGCUGUUUCAAGAGGAGCUGGCGUUCUGGGGAAUUGAGGAGAGAGAGAUGGAAGCAUGUUGUUGGCCGUAUUACACGCAACACCGAGACGCUGAGAAAAAUUUGAAGGAUUUUGUAGGACCUGAGUUUGAGGAUUCGGAUGAGAACGACGACGACGACGACGAAUUCUCGCCGGAAUCCGAUUCAACAUACGGUCAGGCGACUACUUUGUCAUGGUGGGCAACGUACAGACCUAAAGUUUGGGCCGUGGUAGAUGACGCUCAUUCAUCUACCAGAGCUAAGGUAUUCGCCUUAACUUCUCUCUUUAUGAUUCUGGCCUCGGGGGCAGCUAUGUGCGUAUCGUCAGUGGUACAGGAUAACAGCAAUGUCUACAUUAGAAGCUUUAACUAUGCAUUUUGCGCCUGGUUCACUUUGGAAUUUGGCGUGAGGUUGUUAUUUUCCCCAGACAAGUUGGCGUUCUUUAAGGAAAUUAUGACGUGGGUCGAUCUUAUAUCGCUGCUACCGUUCUAUGAAGACAUAAUUUUUAACUCUUGUAAACUAAAUUUUCUCCGAGCUGUGAGACUUAUUCGUACAUUUCGUGCUCUGAAAGUUUUCGCCUUUACAAGCGGUUUACAGAUUAUAGUUCAAUCACUCAAAGCGAGUUUCAGAGAGUUGAUCUUACUGCUUAUAAUUCUCCUCAUUCCUGUUGUCGUAUUCUCUAGCGUGUUGUUUGAAAUCGAGUCUGAUCAACCAAAACAGAAGGACUUUCAGAAUAUCCCACAGGCCUUUUGGUGGGCCAUCAUUACCAUGACAACAGUAGGUUAUGGCGACAUGGUACCGGUCACGAUCCUUGGGCGAAUCAUUGGAGGAAUCUGCGCAAUAUUCGGCGUACUGAUUGUGGCGCUGCCUGUCUCGGUUAUUGGCAAUAACUUCUCCACUUAUUACUCUCACGCGCAAGCAAGGCUUAGCCUUCCAAAGAAAAAGCGUCGCUUGAUCAUGUGUGAGGCCAAACUACGAGCUAAUCCUAGACAAGGGCAAUCACCCUCCAGUACAACAUCACUGCGUCCAAACGGAAUUCACGAGGUUCCAGAAGUCUUGACGGAGACCCCAUCCAGGAGAGGCUCGGCAACAAAGUACCGACGAUACCACCGGCGUUCUAGAAACACUUUAUUUGCACAUGGUGAUGUCUAUAUAGGGCCAACAAGGUUUGAUAGGCCAAACCUCCAUCACGCUGAAACAUGCAAUGAGGAGGAAAAUGAAAAUGAAAGCGAAAGUGAAACAGGGAAAAGUGAAUGUCCCACCGCAAGGGAAACCAUGAGUAGCGGAGACUUAGAAAAUGGGGUAGAAAAAGCAGGAACCUUACUUCCCCAGACUAGUGAGGAACUUCCCCGUCUUUCCGCGCUCCCUAGAAAUUUCACACUCAUUAACUCGACGCACGAGAGCGAAGAAAUUAUCGAAGAGGACUCGAGGCCUUCUUCAGUUCUUUCUGAACGUCGUGGGAUGAAAAAGAAAAAGUUACACCCUGGUGUCCAAUCGUCUCGUCGUAAAAAAUCCAGCAGUUCUCUCUCAAAGUCGUGGAUAGAAUUAAAAGCUGAGCGAGCGCAAUCACCACAGGAGAACGGGCGUCCUCAGAGUUCCCGCGGGAACAAAGCCCGCGUGUCUCCGGCGGAUGCACGGGGAAGUUACAAAAACCCUGGUAUAGAGAUGGAAAGUUCCCCUAGUUUAUCUUCAUCCCGGAUUUACUCGGUACCCUCGUUUAAGAUGGACAUGGAGACUACCAGACUGGAUAAAGGACAUUUACCUGGCGAAGAGAACAACUCAAACUCGGCGAUUGUAAAUGACAGCAGUCACAGAACUACUAAAUCAACGGAGCACGAUUUUACGAACGGUUUUAUAGCCUAGCAGUAGAGAAAACUAAGGAAAGUAAUAUAUAUUCGUUCACAAUUGCAUGUAGAUGAAAAUUUCCGUAUUUUCAACCCAUAUUUAGUGUUUAAUUAAGGAUUUUCCUCUAUCUAGAUCACGCUGUAGAGCACACUUCUGAGGCUAGCGCUGGAUAUUCAGGGUGUGGCUAGAGAUGGGAGGGGGCUCCUGGUGUGCUCCUAUCCCCCGCUUUAUUAAAUGACUCUCUAUAACGUCAGCAACUUUAAAAUGUAGUGAGAAAGCGAAAAUCACUGAUAAAAGUCUGCACGGUAUGCUUCACUCAGUGCCGGCAUCCAACAAAUUGACGCUUAGGCUAGAACACAGCGUGGAUGUGAACAUAACAGUCAGGCAGCUAUGCUAAAAGGGACUUUGCCUAACCCCUAUUCCCUCAGCUCUUCAAAAAAUCCUAUCCACUACCCUGGGUAUCAAGAUCAACCCAACUUCGAAUGACUCAGCUCUUGCCCUUGUUAGGCGUUUACGUCGUCGUAACUUCGCUCCCCACUUCAUUUAAGCACUGCAAACACUUUCUGUCAAAAUGCAACUUCAUGUAAGUACCUAUAGAUGACGAAACUGAUGCAGUCUUAAGACUUUUACAUCCAGCCAAUCACUGGCAUAGUUCUGGUUCUGGAGUGAGUGGAAUUUAUCUCCACUGUUCUGUAUGGGAAAACGCAGGCUCGUUUUCCAUGAUUUAUAAUAUGCUCGAAAAU